UUCAAAAUGCUGAAGAGAAAAACAUCCAAUGUUUCAGAGAAGGAAAAACAUCAGAAACCCAAGCGCAGCAGUAGUUUUGGGAAUUUUGAUCGUUUUCGGAAAAAUUCCAUCUCAAAAUCAGAUAAUUCAACUGAGGUACAUGAAGAGGAACUCAUAAAUAGUAGUGGAGAACAACACAAAAGUUCAAAUAAUGCAGGUUUGGGUAAAAAAAUGAGAAAUAUCUCUUGGACAAUGAAGAAAAAAGUGGCUAAAAAGUACAUCAAAGCUCUUUCUGAGGAAAAGGAUGAGGAAGAUGAAGAGGAUACCCUGCCUUGUCGGAAUAGUGACCCCAUGAUUGGGACUCGCAUGGAAAAAAUUUCCCUUGAAGCCAGCGACUCCAUGGACAGUAUCUACAGUGGACAUAGCUCAUCAAGUGGAAUCACAAGCUGUUCAGAUGGGACAAGUAACAGAGACAGCUUUCGACUUGACGACAAUGGCCUCUACUCUGGACCAUUCCAUGGCCGGGCCAGGGUGCAUACUGACUUCACGCCAAGCCCUUAUGACACUGAUUCCCUUAAAAUCAAGAAAGGAGACAUCAUAGACAUUAUCUGCAAAACACCAAUGGGGAUUUGGACAGGAAUGUUGAAUAAUAAGGUGGGAAACUUCAAGUUUAUCUAUGUGGAUGUCAUCUCAGAUGAAGAAGUGGCCCCCAGGAAAACAAAGGCACACCGAAGGAGUGGCAUCGAAAAGCACAAGAGUCUGCAGGAGUUCUUAGAGAUGAUUCAACUUCAGGAAUACACCUCAACCCUUCUGCUCAAUGGUUAUGAGACCCUGGAAGAUUUAAAGGAGAUAAAAGAGAGUCAUCUCAUUGAAUUAGACAUUAAUAAUCCAGAAGACAGGAUGAGGUUACUAUCAGCUGCUGAAAGUCUCCUUGAUGAAGAAACUAUUCAAGAACAAGAAAAUGAAUCCGUGCCCUUAUCCUUAAGUCCAGGCACCACUUUAAAUAAGUCACAGUUAGAUGACUGCCCGAGGGACUCCGGUUGCUAUAUCUCAUCAGAAAAUUCAGAUAAUGGCAAAGAAGAUCUGGAGUCUGGAAAUCUGUCAGACAUGGUACAGAAGAUUACUAUCACAGAACCAAGUGACUGAACAGACAUUCUCAACUUUCGCUACAGAAGCACGAUUUUAACCCUUUUGGAGCUUAAAUUUUAAUAGUUUUUGUAGAUGCAACCUAAAGCAAAACCAUUUUCAUCUGAAUGAUUGUACAUAAAAGUUCA